UAAAUACCAAAAAUUAUACGAAGUUAUACGAAAAAGUUGAAAAUGAAAUUUUCGCAAUUAUAUAUUUAAAAGAACUAAUAAAUAUAGAAAUAAAAAAUUUAAAAAUAAAUAAAAUUGAAUGCUAAAAUGGGAAUAACUAUUUUAUUUAUUAACAAACUAUUUAAAGCAUAUAAAUAAAUAACAUAAUUUUCGAAAACUCAAAAAAUAUUAGUUUUUUAUUUUCCACAAAUAGUUAUGAAACAGAAGAUAAUACAUAUACUUUUUAAUAAGAUUUUUGUUAAAUUUCUGAUUCUAUUUUCCGAAAUCUAGUUUAAUUAUAAUUCCCUGUUAUAUAAAUUUAACAAUCAUAUUCUUAAAAUUUUACAUAAAAUCUUUUUUAAGAUAUUUAAACAUCUGCAAUAAAUGGAGGUGCAAUUCUUUUUAAUAAUACAUCAACAACUUUACUUCAAUAAAAUUUCUUUUAUAACUGCGUUGCUAUAAAUGGGGGUGCUCUUGCCUUUUUAUAAAAUAUUGUGAAUUUCAAAUAAUAAAUAAUUGAUUCUAUUUUCGAAAAAUGCAAAGCAGAAAGCUCCGCAGGUGCUAUAUUUAUCGAAAAUACAAAUUUGUAAAUUAUUAAUACUACUUUUUCUUUAAACACUGCAUAUAUAGGAGGUGCAGUUCGCUAUUUUGAAUAAAUGCCAUUAUUUAUAAAAUAAAUGGUAAUGUAAAAUCAUUUAACAAGUGUUUCUUUUUUAAAAAAUAAAGCUGAAUUAUAUGGGGAUGAUAUAGCUUCUUUUCCUAUAAAUAUAGAAAUUUUAUUAGAUAAAAAAGAAGGAAGCGAAAUGGAAUUAAUAGAAGAAGAAGAUAGUUUAAUAACAAAAUAAGAAACUGAGAAAAAAGUAAUAAAAAAAUACACUUUAAAAAACUUCAAAAGCGGACAAACUUUAAGCCUUUAAUUUAAACUAAAAGACCAAAAAAAUUAAAACAUAAGUUUUUCAGUAUAAAAAGUUUUGAAUAAAGAAUAUCCAUUUUAAAUAGUAAAAGAACUUCAAGAAUAUAAUAUCAAAAUAAGCCCUUCUAAUGAAAAUGAAAUUAAAAUUUUUGGUCAAUAUAUAACUGAUUAUUAAAAGUUUGAUGAUAAAAACUACCUUUUUUCUAUCAAAGAUUUAAUGGUAGUAUCUAAUCCAUCGCCUUAGAAUUUCCUUUUAGUUGAAUCUUCAGCUAUUUAGAGACUUUAACCGUUUUUUUUAGAAUAAGAUCUUAUAUAUAAUGGUCCUUAUUAUACUAAAAUUUCCAUUUAAUUUUCAGAAUGUUCCAGUGGUGAAAUAUACCAAAAGUAAGCCCAAAUUUUCAUCUGUUUGGAAUGUAAAGAAGGUACAUAUUCUAUAGGAAAACCCUCCAAAGAAAACUACGAAAAAGAUACUUGUAAAAAAUGUCCGUUUUAAGCGGAAAAAUGCUAUCGAGAUUAAAUCUUAUUAAAACAAGGUAUUUGGAGAAUUUCGAAUACAACUGAUUUACUUAUUGAAUGUAUAAAUGAAAAAAGUAACUGUAAUGGAGACUAUUCCACUUUUUAUUGUACACAAGGACAUAUAGGGCCUUUAUGUGAAGAAUGUGAUGUUUAUGGAGUCUUAUGGGAUUAAAGAUAUCAAAGAAAUAAUAAUUUAGAAUGUAUAAAUUGCCAAUCUAUCGAUAAAUGGUAUUAUUUAAUUCCAAUUUUUUUUUUUUAGCUUGGUAUUGUUGUUUAUAUAAUAUUAGCUAUCAAAAUUUCACUUUAAAUAAGUAAAUUUAUAGCUAUUGGAUAUUAUAUGAGAAGAUUAAAUGUUUUAAAUAUUUAUAAAAGUGCAUAUAAAGAUACAACCGAUAUGAAUAUGAAGGCAUUAGUAAAUUAUCUAUAAAUUACUUAGUUUGUAAAUACUUUUGAAUAUUAACUUCCAAGUUUUAUGACUUUUUUACCAAAAUAUUUAGGCUCUCCAAUAAAAAAUAUAUUAUAUUCUUUCGAUUGUUAUUUUACUCAGUAAAAUUCUAAAAAAGAAGUAUAUCCAAUUGUUUUUGUCAGAAAUACAUGGAGUUUAUUAGUUCCUAUUUUUUAUUUAGUUAUAAUUUUUAUAAUUUAUGUAGUUUUUGUUAAAAUAAAACUAUUUAAACAUAGAAGAUCUUAUAUGAUAAAUGGAUUUGUUUUUAUUAUUUUUUUUUUAUAACCAAAUCUUACUUAAGUUUUUCUUACUAUGAUGUCUUGUAGAAAAAUAGGAAUUAAAAAAUAUAUUUUAUCUGAUAUUACCUAUGAAUGCUAUACUGAUUUACAUUGGAAAUAUAUAGCUAUUAUUUGUUUUCCUGGACUUUUUAUAUGGGCAUUAUUCAUACCUAUUUUUAUUAUUAAAAUAAUUAUAAAAAACAAGGAAAAAUUAGAUUAUGCUACUAAUAGACAUAGAUAUGGAUUUUUAUAUUAAGAUUUCAAAUAUUAAUAUUUUUAUUGGGAAUUUAUUAAAAUAUAUAAAAAAUUAUUAAUAGUUGCUACUUUAAAUUUCUACGAAGGACCAUAUAUGAAUAAAUUAAUUAUUAUUUUGGUACUUUUUUUAAUUUAUUAAAUACUUUUGAAUAAAAAAUAACCUUAUUUAAUGAAUUAUUUUUAAUAAUUAGACAAAAAAUCAAUAACUAUAAUUAUAAUCCUAAUUUUAAUGAAUAUCUUCCUUUAUAAUGACCCUG